CACUAUACGACACACCACGACACACCACGACACACCAUGCAUAUCAUGAAGGCGCCUAAAGAUCUGAGUCCUACAGAAGAUGACCUUUCCGUAAGAGGGAAAUAGUUCGCCCGGAACCAAGCCACUCUCUGCAUUGCACCUUAACUCGUGACAAAUACUGACUAAGCCCCAAAUGCCAACGCGGGCUAUAAGAAGCGGGCGGGCAGCCAAGCUCAUGUUCUCGUUUCGAUGAAAACGUGUAACUCACCGAGCGCCACGAUUCCUCCGACCCAUCGCCAUCAUCAUCAUCAUAUCCCACAAUGAGCCCCGCCCUCUCCUUCCGCCAGAUCGUCGGCGCCCCGCCCUCGACGGCGUCGACGGCCGACAGCACGCUGGUGAUCAUCGACGCGCAGAACGAGUACGCCGAGGGCGCGCUACGCGUCAGCAACGUGGCUGCGUCGCGGGCAGCGAUUGCGGGUCUCCUGAACAGGUACCGCGCUGCCGGGGGUAGGGUCGUCCACGUCGUCCACGAUACACCCGCUGGUGCGCCGGUCUUCACGCCCGGGACUAGACUGGCUGAGGAGUUUGAGGAGCUGGCUCCGCUUGAGGGGGAGAAGGUUGUCCGGAAGAAUCAUCCGGGGUCGUUUGCGGGGACGGAUCUGCAGGAGUAUUUGGAUGCUGGGGAGGGAAAGAAGGUUGUCUUGACGGGGUAUAUGGCACACGUCUGCGUCUCCACCACUGCCCGACAGGCGGCUCAGAGAGGGUAUGACGUUCUCGUGGUCGAAGACGCCGUUGGGGAUAGAGAUAUUCCCGGCGUGGAUGCUGCGCAGCUCGUUAAGGUUGCGCUGAGUGAGAUUGGUGAUGCGUUCGGGACCAUUGUUCAGAGCAAGGACAUCAAUUGAUUAGGAGCCAUUCAUCUUGAACGCGUCUGUAGCAGGGGGCCAUGGGAUUAUUUAUGAGUCACGUUGGUUCUAUACUCUAGUUGAGGACGGGUUUCAAGAUUCAAGAUGGCAUUCAUUCAUAGCUGCUCGCACCUACGCCUAUUUGGCAAGUAAUUGAUCACACACAAGCCAGCCC